GGGCAAUGUGGUAAAUGCACAUUCGAAGUUGAAACCGUCAGGGUCAUUGUAGUCGCGGUGGUGCGAAAAUAGCGCGCGAGAGCACCUAUUCCUAACGAAAUCCUUCGUAGAACCAACUGCUUGUUCUUCUCGUUCUUGAGGUUCUUUCACUCCACCAUACUCAUUCCUUUGCUCCUCGAUUCGAAACCUAGAACAACGAUGUGGAAGUGGUUGUUCUCGAGAGAAUCCAAGCCGCCGCCGCCGGUGGUGCUGGUCCCUCCGCUCUUCGACUUCCCUCCCAUCGCCGCGCGUAACCGCAUGCUUCACUCCGCCUACGAUGUCGCUUUUGGCAAGAUCGCCCUCGCCUCGCUCUUCCAAGACUAUUUCCACCAGGCCAGGCACUUCACCACGCGACUAAUGCUCAAACCAAUCGAUGAUCCUCACGUCGAUCUCAUAGCCACUGUUACAGGUCCUCUCGAUCGUAAGCCCAACGACAGCAUCAUGGGAGAUGCGUUGUUUCGCUGGCAAAGUGAUGUUAACGAUCCUCAUACGUUUAUGGACCUUUAUGUAUCCACAUCUGACCCGAUUUUGCAGAUGAGAUCGUGUGCUUUCUAUUCCAAAUAUGGAUUUGGGGCUUUCGGAGUGUUCCCUUUACUGUUGAAGAAAAGAGAAAGCUCCCAAGAUUAUGGCCUGAUGGGGUUGAGAUAUGGUUCUGGAAAUCUAUCCUUUGGAGUCACACUUAUGCCUUUUGCCUUGAAAGACGAAUUACCAAAAAGUGCAUGGUUGGUAAGCAAGAUGGGAAGGGUGACUGCUGGGGUGCAGUUUGAACCGCAAAAACGAAAUGCCAAGCUUUCAAAUUUAACGAACUGGAGUUGUGCUUUGGGCUAUGGUGUUGGAUCAGGCAGCCCAUUGUGUCCAUCCUUCAAUUUCAACCUCGAGCUUGUCAAAAGCUCUCAGUUUAUUGCCUCAUUCUAUCAACACAUGGUUGUUCAAAGAAGGGUGAAGAACCCUCUUGAAGAGAAUUCUGUUGUUGGAAUUACAAACUACCUUGACUUUGGGUUUGAGUUACUUACAAGUGUUGAUGAAGCCAUAGCAGCAAACAAUAUCUCAGACGCCAGCUUUCAAAUAGGUGCAUCCUGGCAGGCUAAUAAAAAUUUCUUGCUGAAGGCAAAGGUUGGACCUCGUAGCUCAUCUAUGGCACUUGCAUUCAAGUCAUGGUGGAAACCUUCCUUCACUCUCAGUAUUUCAGCCACUAGAGAUCGUGGUGAUGGUAAAAUGCAAUACGGAUUUGGCAUCCAAAGUGAGAGCCUCAGAGAAGCCAGUUAUCAAAGAGCUGAUCCCAAUUUUGUAAUGCUCACGCCAAGCAAGGAGCACUUAGCAGAGGGCAUUGUCUGGGAAACAGGAAAGCGACCUAUGUUUCAAUCUGACAUAGACGCUGGACAUUUUGACGGCUUACCUAAAGAAUUACGACCUUUUGAUAAAAUUUUGUAAUAUCUUGUUAGCUUUAUAUUUUUUUCUAUUGCGGCUAAGGGCACCAUUCUUAUUUAGGAGUGGCCAGUGGAAUUGCUUUCAUGAGAAUUAGUGUAGAACAGUGCGUCCAAUCAUUGACUAUAAUAUCUACCAAAUGCAUAAUUUUUUUAUGAUA